CAGCAGCUGUUGACUAAAAGGGGCAGCGAGGAGAAGGAGGGAGAGUAACGGGAACAGAACAGGCGUGGAAAUUAAAUUAAACUAAGGGGCAAAACGGGACGGAACUCAAAAAUAAAAAAACUCAAACAGAUUAGAUUCCUCUUGAGCAAAGAUGGAGCGCAGCGCCCGAUGAAGACCUCCAUCCUCCUGGAUCGCCUAGCCUAACCCUGUUCACCGAUAUCUGCAUCUUUACWGACGUCAUGGCAAAUAUGUGCCCUUACGGCCGCUUCACCCAUGCUGUGGUGCGGGGCAUCCCGGAGACUUUUGGGAAAGUGGCGGGAGACGGUGGGGAGAACGAGGCGACGGCGGCGGUGGAGCUGGCCAAGGCUCAGCGUCAGUUCGGCUGCCUGACGGGAGCGCUGAGGCAAAAGGUCGGCCUGCAGCUGAUCGAAAUCCCCCCCGACCCCGAGCUGCCGGAGAGCUGGAGGAUCGAGGACGUGGCGGUCAUCCAGGGGGACACGGCGCUCAUCACCAGACCCUUCAAACAGCAGAGACGCAGUGAGGCGGAGGCUGUGAGGAGGGUGAUGUCUGAGCUCAGCCUGACCGUGGUGGAGAUGGGGGGCGAGCAGGGCGACUCUGGGGGGGCCACGCUCGAAGGCAGCGACGUCCUCUUCACCGGCAGGGAGUUCUUCGUYGGCGUGUCGUCCCACACCAACCGAAGAGGAGCCGAAGUGCUGGCCGACACGUUCAGGGACUUUGCUGUGUCCACCGUCCCCGUCUGCGGUGGAGCCAGACUGAAGAACGUCUGCUCCAUGGGGGGUCCGGGUACCAUCAUCGUCAGCAACAGCGACGGGGCCAAGAAGACGCUGCGGAUGAUGGAACAGCUGACUGAUCACCACUACGACGUGCUCACUGUGCCGGAGGAGUCUGCAGCCAACUGCAUCUACGUUAAAGGCCCGUCCAAACGGGACUUCCUGCUGCACAGGCCCGCUGAGGAAUGUCCUGAGAGCGUCUCUGCCUUCCAGAAGCUGCAGGACUACACCCUCCUGCCGACGGCCUGCAGCGAAGCCUCCAAACUGGGAGCAUCUCUGUCCUCCCUCUGCCUCCUCAUCAACAGAAAACACACACAUUUCUAAACACACAGAGCGAUCAUAUACCUGUAAGAUAACUGUAGUUUUGACCCCCCAGGACUGGUCUGAUUUUGGUCUGAUUUAACUCCUGCUUUGGCGUCAUACAGCUUUAUGAAACUCAGCUGCCGUGCCCCUACUUUAGACCAGUUAAAAAGUUUGUUUUCCCUCAACUUUUAGCUCCAAACUCAGUGCCUGUUUCUACAAACAUGCAGUCAAAUCCAUAAGGACCUAAAUGUGUUUUAUACUUGAGCAGAUUAGCAGCAAAACAACUUUAUAACUAGUCGAAAUGCACAUUAGUUAUUGGUACUAGCUUAUGAAGGAAAGCCUGUUUUAGUAACUAGCUGCUAAAUGUAAGUUUUUAGCUUUCCAGUGUAUGAAAUAAUCAACUAUUGUUUGAAAAGACUUGUAAUUUACCAGGAUGUUGCUUUAAUUAUACCACUAUUUCUGCAAUAAAAGAUGAAAACUA